AUGCGCUACCAGAUGCUCACGACCGCUGCGCUCGCAGCUGUCGCGUUAGCCGACGACUCAUCGUCUGCUAGUGCGACUACCACCGGCAUCCCCGCCACAUCAACCUACGACAUCAAAGUCGGCUCCGACAACCUUAAGUUCGACCCCGAGACCUUGACCGCCAGUCCAGGCGAUCUACUCAACUUCCAUUUCUACAAUGGGAACCACUCCGUCGCGCAAUCUUCCUACGACUCGCCCUGCCAAGCCCAGGACAACGGUAUCUUUUCGGGCUUCUUCGCGGGUGGUAGCGGCAAGGACGAGGAUAGCAAAGUCUUCUCCAUGAGGCUGAACGACACGAACCCGAUGUGGCUGUACUGCGCCGCAGGCGAACACUGCAAAGCGGGAAUGGGGAUGGUUAUUAACGCACCAUCCGGAUCCGACCAAACUCUCUCCUCCUACAAAGACAAAGCCAAGUCCGCCGACGUCAAGGUCCCCAGCAGCGUGUAUGGCGGUGUAGUCCACGACAAACCGCAAGGCACCACUACGGCGAGUGCGUCGAGUGCGAGCGCGACGAAGAAGAGUGGUGCUGCUGUUGUGGCUGCGCGGGGAAGUAUGCUGGGAUUGGUUGGUGGGUUGGUUGGGGUUGUCAUGUUGUUGUGA